GGAAAGUUCAGUUAAAAAUAAUUACUUGCUUGCUCUUUCCGCCAUCUUGGAACCCGUGGAGGCCUGCUGGGAACAGGACUCCUGAAACGACAAAUAUGUCUGGAAGGCUGUGGUCCAAAGCCAUUUUUGCUGGCUAUAAGCGGGGUCUCUGGACCCAGAGGGAGCACACAGCUCUUCUUAAAAUUGAAGGUGUUUAUGCUCGAGAUGAAACUGAAUUCUGUCUAGGCAAGAGAUGUGCUCAUGUGUACAAAGCAAAGAACAACACAGUGACUCCUGGUGGCAAACCAAAUAAAACCAGAGGAAUCCGGGGAAAAGUAACUCAUGCUCAUGGAAACGGUGGCAUGGUUCAUGCCAAAUUCCGAAGCAACCUUCCUGCUAAAGCCAUUGGCCACAGAAUCUGUGUGAUGCUGUACCCCUCAAGGAUUUGAACUAACUGAAAAGUAAAUACAUAAAGGUGUAGAUUUGUUCUCUUGUAAAAAAAACCAAAUUACUUGCUUGCACAUAUUUUCAAAUGUGCUAAAAGCAAACCAUUUAUAAAUAUGCUUAAAUCAUGACAUAUUCACAGGCUCCAGUCAUCAGGGGGAGGAUCUAGAAGGUCUGGAGUGCUCACAUAAAAGUGUGCGAUCUGCUAACGUGACCUCUGAGUCAAUGAAAAGUAAAGAAAUAUGCAGAGGUUUCCCUGGCCUGUGGUCAUCUUAAAACUAUGGUUCUGAACAAUCCCAGGAAAGAGAACCAAGGAUGCAAAAUCCCAUAGAAGUUCCACAAGGAAAACACAACACAAGUAACUUUCUUUUGAGUCUUCAAGAUGAAUUUUUCUCUUUAAGUGGUUAAUUGCAAAUUUGAGUCAAGAUACAGUUUAUCCAUUUAACAAAUAUUGAGCGUUUACUAACGUGCCAGCCACUAUUCCAAGCACUGGGGAUACUUUAGAGAACAGGACAAAUAAAACCUCCUCCCUUUUGUGACAUUUACGUUUCAGGGACUUGGUCUGAAGACAAUUUGUGAGAGUAACAUUUUAAUCACCUAAAAAUCCAGAAAAAGAAACACUAAACAUUUAAAGCCAGAGACUUAAAUUGGAAUUGAAAGUAGU